CGCUCGGUAUCAUAACAGCCGAGGACAAGCGGGCAUCAGCAGCGCGCGAGAGAAAGAGCGGGAGGAGAGAGAAGACAGUGAGUGACUGCAGUUGCAUGCUCUCUCUCGACGUUGGAUGGAUGUUGUUGUAAGAGCAUCUGUAACUGGUAGGAAAGGAGCGGGGAAGAGGAGGUAUACACUAACUCACCAAGGAAAGAUCUAUGCUUGGAUUUCGGAUCUUUUUUCUUCGCCAAUGCAAAAGACAAUAUGCAGCGAAGCUUCACCCUCCUGUACACCAGUUUUCUGGGGAUGUGCUUGGGUUCAAGUUUUCCAAGUAACAUCAAUAUAGGGGGACUAUUCCCAACCGAAUCUCACGAAUAUGAGGUGUUUCGGUUCGCGCUCUCGCACCACCAGGAUAUCCCCAAACUGGUGCCGCAGGUGGAUAUGGUCAAGAUGGGCAACAGCUUCUCCAUGACAUAUGCCUUCUGUUCCCAGUUCUCUAAAGGUGUCUAUGCUAUCAUUGGCCUCUACGACAGGAAGACGGUCAACAUGCUGAUGUCGUUCUGCGGGGCGCUGCACGUGUGUUUCGUCACGCCUUCCUUCCCCAUCGAGACGGCCAACCAGUUUGUGAUCCAGCUGAGACCCGAGCUACAGGACACUCUGGUGGGGGUCAUAGACCACUACGGAUGGACCAAGUUCGUCUACAUGUACAGCUCAGAUUCUGGCCUGUCUGUGCUGCAGAAGGUCCUGGACACGGCUGCUGAGAGGAGCUGGCUGGUGACGUCUGUCAACGUGGAGACCAUGACGGAGACCUCGUUCCUCAAGGUGUUCCAAGACCUGGACAAGAGGAAGGAGGGACAGAUCAUCAUCGACUGUGAGACCGAAAGACUCACCUCCAUCCUCAAAAAGAUUGUUGAACACGGGAAGAAUGCUAAGAGUUACCACUACAUCCUGGCCAACCUGGGUUUUCUGGACAUUGAUCUAACGGACCUGAGGAAAGGAGGGGCCAACAUCACAGGCUUCCAGCUGGUCAACUACACAGAGCAGAACGUCAGCCGUACCAUUCAGCAGUGGAUGGAGUUUGAAAACAAAGACGCCAAAUUCCCCAAGAGACGCCUGAAGUACACCGGAGCGUUGACAUAUGAUGGGGUGAAGGUGAUGUCUACAGCAUUCCAGAACCUUCGGAAACAGAGGAUAGACAUCUCACGCCGUGGCAACGCAGGCGAAUGCCUCGCCAACCCGCCGGCUCCAUGGGGCCAAGGCAUAGAUAUACAGAGAGCCCUGCAACAGGUGCGUAUCCAUGGCCUGACAGGUCAUAUCCAGUUCAAUGAGAAAGGACGCAGGACCAACUUCACCGUCAGUGUCAUGGAGCUAGCCCCCUCUGGACCUAAGAAGGUGGGCUACUGGAAUGAGGACGAGAAGUAUGUGAGCACAGCCACCUUCAUGAGAGGAAGCAACGACAGCAGCUACGGUCUACAGAACAGGACCUACAUAGUUACCACCAUCCUGGAAUCCCCAUACGUGAUGUUGAAGAAGAACCAUGAUCAGCUGUCAGGGAACGAUAAGUACGAGGGCUACAUCGUGGAGCUAGCGGCCGAGAUCGCCAAGCACGUUGGAUACCACUACAAACUGAAGGUGGUCUCAGAUGGGAAGUACGGAGCCAGAGACUCCGAGACCAAGAUGUGGAACGGCAUGGUUGGAGAGCUGGUGUACGGGAAAGCAGACGUGGCGGUAGCCCCGCUGACCAUCACCCUGGUCCGAGAGGAGGUGAUCGACUUCUCCAAGCCCUUCAUGUCUCUGGGUAUCUCCAUCAUGAUCAAGAAGCCCACCAAGUCUAAACCAGGUGUCUUCUCCUUCUUGGACCCACUGGCCUAUGAGAUCUGGAUGUGUAUCGUGUUCGCCUACAUCGGUGUGAGUGUGGUCCUGUUCCUGGUGAGCCGCUUCAGCCCCUACGAGUGGCACGCAGAGGACUAUGAGGAGGGGGCCGACCCCCAGACCCCUACCCAGCCGACAGGGCCCGGUGCUGGGCUACAGUCAGGGCAGAGCCCUGGUCAGCCAGGCCAGAACCAGCAGAAUCAGGAACAGACCAAUGAGUUUGGCAUCUUCAACUCUCUCUGGUUCUCCCUGGGAGCCUUCAUGCAGCAGGGAUGUGACAUCUCACCCAGGUCUCUGUCAGGGCGGAUAGUGGGUGGCGUGUGGUGGUUCUUCACUCUCAUCAUCAUCUCGUCCUACACGGCCAACCUAGCUGCUUUCCUCACAGUGGAGAGGAUGGUGUCCCCCAUAGAGAGUGCUGAGGACCUGGCUAAACAAACUGAGAUUGCCUACGGAACUCUGGAUGCUGGCUCCACCAAAGAGUUCUUCAGGCGGUCUAAGAUUGCGGUGUUUGAGAAGAUGUGGUCGUACAUGAAGUCGGCCGACCCCUCAGUGUUUGUGAAGACCACAGACGAGGGAGUGAUGAGGGUCAGGAAGUCUAAAGGGAAGUACGCCUACCUGUUAGAGUCCACCAUGAACGAGUACAUUGAGCAGAGGAAACCCUGUGACACCAUGAAGGUGGGGGGGAACCUGGACUCUAAAGGAUAUGGUAUCGCCACGCCCAAGGGCUCCCCCCUCAGAAACCCUGUUAACCUGGCCGUGUUAAAACUCAACGAGCAAGGCCUGUUGGACAAACUGAAAAACAAAUGGUGGUACGACAAGGGCGAGUGUGGCAGCGGGGGCGGGGACUCCAAGGAUAAGACGAGUGCGUUGAGCCUGAGCAACGUGGCCGGAGUGUUCUACAUUCUGAUUGGAGGGCUGGGCCUGGCCAUGCUGGUGGCGUUGGUGGAGUUCUGCUACAAGUCGCGAACCGAGUCUCAGAGAAUGAAGGUGUCCACCGCGCGAGCCGCCGCCGCAUCCGCCGCUCAGACCUUUCAGUGCUCAGCCUUAGACACAGGGGGCGCUACCGCUCCUUACACAGAGCUGCAGAGCUACGGCCUGUACUCCAACAACACUGUUAAGAUAUAGGAGAGAGAGAGAGAGAACAGAGGACAUGGGCAGAACAUCAACGACGCCAUGCACUGCUCCUCCAUGACCAGAAUGAGUGGGAAUGGGAACGGGAACGGGAACGGGAACGGGGAGGAGGAGGAAUAGGUGGAGCAGGAGGAGGAGAGAACGGACGCAUCCUAACUCACGACUUCCCCAAAACAGUCCAGACUCUCCCCUGCAUGAGCCACAACGCCAGCAUGGGGCUCAGCGCCUCUGGCAUGUAAUCACAUGACCUGGCACAAGGGGCUGAGGAGGAGACUGACUCAUAGACCUUACAAAGAUGACCACAUUAAUGGUGACAUUGACCUUAUGAACAUGGCCGUCUUUCUGACACUUUGUUUAUGUGGUGGCUGCGUGAUGUGUGUCCGAGACAGACUUCAAUAUUUCUGCCAAAUGCAUUUCUGAAAUCACUCAUUACAAACAAACAGGGGAAACAUGUAGAUGGAGAAUAAAAAUGAAAAUAAAAGAAGAUGAGGAACAUGUUGCUACGAAAAGGAGCCAUUGUUGGGCCGAUAUGUUUUUUUUCUUUUAUUCAGAUUUUUUUUAAACAAGGUGUUAAUUUCUGUGUAAAAAAAGAGAGAACUAUCCCGUAAAUGCCUCCUGACCUGCACUGAGAUGACCUUCUCUGCCCUGCCUUGGGCUGACUUUCUCUGCCCUGCCCUGACUUUCUCUGCCCUGUCCUGACUUUCUCUGCCCUGCCCUGAGAUGACCUUCUCUGCCCUGUCUUGAGAUAACCUUCCAUGCCCUGCCCUGGGCUGACUCUCUCUGCCCUGCCCCGAGCUAACCUACUCUGCCCUGACCUGCCUUUCUCUGCCCUACCCUGCCCUGAGCUGACCGGCCCUGAGAUGAAUUUCUCUGCCUUGCCCUGAGCUAACCGUCUCUGCCCUGCCCUUCUCUGCCCUACCCUGACUUUCUCGUCCCUACCCUGACCUUCUCUGCCCUGGGCCAACCUUCUCUGCCCUACCCUGACCUUCUCUGCCAUACCCUAACCUUCUCUGCCAUGCCCCAACCUUCUCUCCCCCACCUUGACCUUCUCUGCCCUACCCUGACCUUCUCUGCCCUGGGCCGACCUUCUCUGCCCUACCCUGACCUUCUCUGCACUGGGCUGACCUUCUCUGCCAUACCCUGACCUUCUCUGCCCUACCAUGUCCUUCUCUGCCCUACCAUGACCUUCUCUGCCCUACCAUGACCUUCUCUGCCAUACCCUGACCUUCUCUACCCUGGGCUGACCUUCAGUGCCCUACCCCGACCUUCUCUGCCCUACCCUGACCUUCUCUGCCCUACCCUGACCUUCUCUGCCCUACCCUGAGCUGUGGCCGUUCUAUUGACUACUGUUAGUCUGUCUGUCUGUCUGUAAUAUCUCAGUUCGCUACCUACUCUCUCUGACCAUUUACUUAGUGAAGACGGAUCACAAAAUAGGAUUCGUUUUUGUCUUUGCACAGUUAAAAGACAAUAAUGAUAAUAACGCUGAUUGACUAUUAAGAUUAUUUGAUAUUUGUGUGUCUCUGGUUUCUCUUGUGUGUGUUUUUGGACACAGUUACACACGCUAUGUUGGAAAGGCAUCAUGAACUGGAACACAAGCAUUUCAAGCACCAAUGCAGUAUUAUAAUACAGACAUAAAUAAUCAUGCACAGAGCUCAGUCAUUCCUUGCCUCCCUGAACCAUCUGCUGACAGUCAUUCCUACAGAGAUACUACCAUACCACUGAACCCACAAUACCACUGAACCCACCAUACGACUGAACCCACAAUACCACUGAACCCACCAUACGACUGAACCCAGUAUACCACUGAACCCACCAUACCACUGAACCCACAAUACCACUGAACCCACAAUGAACCCACAAUACCACUGAACCCACCAUACGACUGAACCCACAAUACCACUGAACCCACAAUACCACUGAACCCACCAUACCACUGAACCCACCAUACCACUAAACACACCAUGCCACAGAACACACCAUGCCACAGAACACACCAUGCCACUGAACCCACAAUACCACUGAACCCACCAUACCACUGAACACACCAUGCUACUGAACAUACCAUACCACUGAACAUACCAUACCACUGAACACACCAUGCUACUGAACACACCAUUCCACUGAACAUACCAUACCACUGAACACACCAUGCUACUGAACACACCAUUCCACUGAACAUACCAUACCACUGAACACACCAUGCUAAUGAACACACCAUUCCACUGAACUCACCAUACCACUAAACACACCAUGCCACAGAAUACACCAUGCCACUGAACCCACCAUACCACUGAACUCACCAUACCACUGAACACACCAUAGUACUGAACCCACCAUACCACUGAACACACCAUAGUACUGAACCCACCAUACCACUGAACACACCAUAGUACUGAACCCACCAUGCCACUGAACACACCAUGCCACUAAACACACACACACACACAUACACUUUACUUUACUUUAUCAAACUCCCCAGAAUGAUUGCUGUGGCUGGAAGAGAGGACGUAUUGACGGACAUGGUCAGAACUUGACGAAGUACCACAUAUUAACACCAUUGAUUUCUUCAGUGGUUCUGCUACAUUAUUUUAUAGAGAUAGAGUAGCCAUUUUGGAACACGGCCUAGCUGACAGAGGAAGGGGGCGUGACUUACACACAGAAACCCCUGUUGAUUUACACGUUCACAGUCAAUCAGCUGUUGGCAAUCGUUAAUGAAAACCAUGGAAACGGUGGCUACCACCACAGCAACCCAUCUUGUCUCUCUCUCUCUCUCUCUCUCUCUCUCUCUCUCUCUCUCUCUCUUUCUCUCUCUCUCUCUCAGUAGUUUGAUAUUUUAUGAAGGAGGUUGUUCAGUAUGGUUUGAUGUGUAGGUCAUUGUACGUGUUGCUGUAGCCUAUAGGGCUGUCAGCAGAGAGAAGCCUCGUUAGGAUACUGGAAUCAGAGUCAGAGGCAGCCUGCCUACAGCUACAAAGGGAACAUUUACGAGCUAAACUCUCCAGCUCUGCUCUGUUUGUGUGGGUCUCUGCCAUAAAGAGAGUGUUCAACACUGACUGACUGUCAGACUGUUGUUCUGCCAUAGCCAGGGUGUUGGAACAUGUUUGACAGUGAAGACAUACUGGGCAGAGAUAGACUCUUUACAUCAAAUAUACUGUAUCUCAUCUCUCCAUCCACUAUGUAUAUAAAAGGGUUGAUUCUCCUGCAGUGAAACUUGUUCUUUCCUUCUCUGACCCAAUCAGCCUGAUGCUUCUGUUCUUCUCCUCCUCUAUUUCUUUGGUGUUGUAUUGACGAAGGCGCAGCACAACGCGAGUCCUUGGCGGAUGGUUUGUCUCAUAGAAGGAGUGGUUUUAUAAGCCCAAACAGAUUUUUAAAAAGACAUUCAAUGUUUGUAUCGUAUGGAGAGUUUGAGAGCUGCAAAAAACAUUGAAAAGGUGUAGGAAAAACAGAUGUUGAAUAGUGGGUAGACAAUAAUGUUUUAAGUUUUACUUUUAAUUGGUUGUCAAUAUGAUUUUGAUUUAACAUUUGAAUAAAAGGGAUGUUCAGUUGGUGUUUUCAAGACUGAACACCAUUUGACUUUUCUUCUUAAUUUGUUCUUUUUUUCAAAGUAUUUUAAUACCAGGAUAUAAAGUGAUGAUUUAGUUUGUUCACCUGAAAACCUCACAGUACAGUUGUUUUUCUAUACAUCACUAGUGAAAGAUGUUGCUGAAUAAAACAUUUAUAAACUACAUGAAGAUCAUUCAUGAAUCUAAAAAAAGAUGGAAAUAAACUUUUGAGAAAUAAACGUUUUCUAACCAAAGUGUCUCUGAAGAAAGUCAUCAUGCUUUUUGUAACAUAAUAAAGGAAUAAACUAUG